AUGGCUGAUCUGGUACUCAGCUUCACCUCUAGCGAGCUGCAAAAUCUCAGGGCGUCCCAGUACGUCAGUGCUGCAGGGCUUGUGGUUUUGCUAUGGGAUCACUUCUUGACCUUUCAUGACGAGGUUGAGCUGGUCUGGCGUGCUCGGCUGUCUUUUCCCAAGGUGUUGUUCUUGUUCAACCGAUACGUUGUCCCUGUUUCCCUGAUUGUCCUCACGUAUGAAUUUCAGUUCUGUCAAACAUGGUUUGGUGUCGGCAUAGUAGUCGGCAUGGUAUCUAUCGGCACUAGCAACUUCCUCAUCCUCCUUCGUCUAUGGGUCCUUUGGGACCGCAAAACCCGCCUUGUGCUUGUUACUUUGGCUCUUUUCAUAGUGACACAGAUAACCAUGAUGUGUUCAGGGGCUAAUGUCGCACAGAUUGUGUUUGAAUUCAUGAUAUUUAUCAUGACCUGGUGGAAUGCCCUGGACAAACCACACCCUCAGCAUGCAAAAAUGGCGAAGGUCAUGUAUCGUGAUGGAAGCAUUUACUUCUUUUUUGAACCAGCUGACCUCCGUCAGGCUUUAUUUGGACUACGUCUCGUAAACCUGAUUCUGUCUAUUAUUUCACCUCUGUCAUUAAUGUUCCUCGGGGUUUUCUUCAUCUGGAGUGCCUGCAAUGUGACCUUGACCCGGCUUAUUAUGAACUUGCGGCGGGUCGCUGCUGAGGCUGAAGAAAAUGGCUUCGAGGAAACCUACAUUGACUCUCAACGCGGCUGGCCUCUCUUACCUAAACAGGGUCCAGGGAGUUGUAUGUCGGGCAACUACGAGCUUCAAGGCAAGGGUCCUGAUAUAGGCACUUGUAAUUCUCCCUCUGUUGCGUCAACUAUCAUGUGA